UAACACCAUCGUGUUAAAGGGUCCAGUCGUAACUUUAGUCCCUUUCCGUAAACAAUGGAGAAAAUUAAAAGAGCAGUGAAUCAAAUAGCAUAUACAGACACAAAAUUAAUGGACCUCUCAAAACCCAAUCUCUUUUUUCUUCAAUGUUCUGUUAUUCCAUUCCUAUAUCUAUCUUCUGCCCUCUACAAACUCUCUCUUUAUCUCCGCCACCAGUUAUACCACUUUGGUUUCUUUCACAAACACAGAUUGCCUGUACCAGUAAUUAGUGUUGGAAAUUUAACUUGGGGUGGAAAUGGAAAGACACCUAUGGUUGAAUUUCUUGCUCGUUGGCUUUCUAAUGCUGGAAUUUCACCUCUCAUUCUCACUAGGGGGUAUGCAGGAGGGGAUGAGGCUAGGAUGCUUCAACGACAUCUUCUCAACACUUCUACAAAAAUUGGGAUAGGUGUGAACCGGGCGGCUACGGCUGCUCAAUGUUUUGAAAGAUUUGGUUACUUGGAUCCUUGUAAAAGUAUGUGCCUUGAGGGGCUUUGCUCUGACAAGAGUAUAGGUUUAGGUUCCAAAUCAGACAAAAUUGGUGUUGUAAUUUUGGAUGAUGGAAUGCAGCACUGGAGCCUGUCCCGUGAUCUUGAGAUUGUUAUGGUUAAUGGAAUCAUGCCAUGGGGAAAUACUUGUUUAGUUCCACUUGGACCUCUAAGGGAACCGUUAUCUGCCCUUCAACGAGCAGAUAUCGCAGUAGUUCAUCAUGCAGACUUGGUGUCUGAUCAAGAGCUCAAAGUUAUAGAAGCUACUAUUAGAGAGCUCAAACAGACCCUUCCAAUUUUUUUCACAAGAUUGGCUCCCUCAUGCUUCUUUAACGUUAAGGACUGUGACACCAAAUUGCCAUUAAGAGUGAUGCAUAAUAUGAUUAUAUUAUGUGUGUCUGCCAUUGGAUCUGCAAAUGCUUUCGUAUGGGCAAUUGAAAAGGUAGGGCCAGCUUAUGUUGAUCGAAUGGACUUUAUGGACCAUUACUUAUUCCAAAAGAAGGAUAUUGAGAUGAUACUAGAGAAAUUAAGACUACUUCAGAAAGAUUAUGGAACCAAGCCGGUUGUUGUAGUGACAGAAAAGGACUAUGAUCGAGAUCCUUUAAUUUUGAAUAGACUGGAUCCUUUUGUGGUUUUGGUUCUCUGUUCCCAAUUGGAAAUUGUUCCUUCUGUUGGAAAUACGGAGGUGACUUUUCAGAUAUUGUUAAAGCAGCUUUUGAAGAUUAGCAUUUCUAUAAGGGAAAGACCAUGAUAGACAAUCAAUGAAAAGGCAAAUCUUGGGAUCAUGGCAUUAUUACCGUCAAAUUACGUGGAAGUCAUCAAAUUAGUAUCGUACUUAAACGCACUUGAUGGCACCAUGUAUGAAUUAAGGGACGAGGUCGCAUUUGCCUGCAAUUAUACAAAUCAGCCACUUUUGGUGGUGGUGGUGGUGGUCGGGAGUGUAACCCAGUAGCCCAAACAAUCCCAGGUUUUCUGAUAAAUUUCCAAAUAUCAAACGCUAGUUGCUCACCGUCUGGGUUUGCACCAUGCGGGCUGCCUUACUAGCAUAUUCUAUGUGUAAAAGAUUAUUUGAAAUAGAACAAGAUCUUUAUUCUCUUUUUGAUAGAAAAAACAAGAACUUUUCUUGGAUA